UUUCGAAAGUGCACACUUUUAAAGAAGAUUCUCGGCAUCCAAGCGGUUAACGGAGCAGCAUAAAACACUUUUUGUUCGACGAAUUGGAGUAGAUCUGGAGAAACAGCAGAGAGUUUUCCGCUCUGAACGAGGAAGCUCUCCGCAGUCGGUGAUGGCUUCGUCGCCGGAACAUCGCCGCAACUCGACCUCCGCCUCCUCAUCUUCCUUUUCAGUAGAAAUUCCGGUGAAACGUGAGCAAGUGAUAUGUAUCGAUGCUAAAGUUAUGGAUAGUAGCAGAGGCUUCCAUGAAGGCGCCAGUGGCGAUGGUUUUCGCGCUGUAGUUGAUCGCAGUGCAUUGAAUAACGGUGGCGGCGCCGAAUCUUCAGGCACUGUUCGUAGAAGUUUCUCUGAGGUUGGAACAUCAUCUGUGGGAACUUCAGACAUUGAAAAAUUGGAUUCAAGCUUGCGUGAGCUUGAAAUUCCAAAAAGUGAAGCACAAAAACAUCGAAACAUACUUGCUGAAGAGGCUGCACAGAUUUUUGACAGUAAUAUACCUGACCAACAGAAGGCAUUAAAUUCUCAGGAUGAAUCACCUCUUAAAUUGUUGAACAGAAUAGUCACCGUGAAAAGUGACGGGACUGUAGUGUUUGAAGUUCCUGAAGAUGUUGAGCCCCGUGCUCUUGGUGGUGGACGGAGAGAUGCAUACAUUGAAGUUGCUGAAGAAGAGGCACUUGAUUUUCUGGAUAUUCCACCAUUGCAAAUAGUGAUGCUUAUAGUUGGCACACGAGGAGAUGUGCAGCCAUUUAUUGCGAUUGGAAAACGUCUCCAGGAUUAUGGUCAUCGUGUAAGGUUGGCGACUCAUUCAAAUUUCAAAGAGUUUGUGCUGACUGCUGGGCUGGAGUUCUAUCCAUUGGGCGGAGAUCCAAAAGUUCUUGCCGGAUAUAUGGUGAAAAAUAAAGGCUUUUUGCCAUCAGGCCCUUCUGAGAUUCCCAUUCAGCGAAAUCAAAUAAAGGAUAUUAUCUACUCGUUGCUUCCAGCUUGCAAAGAACCUGAUCCUCAUUCUGGUAUCCCUUUUAAAGCAGAUGCAAUCAUUGCAAAUCCUCCAGCAUAUGGACAUACCCAUGUGGCCGAGGCAUUAAAAGUACCAAUUCACAUAUUUUUCACAAUGCCAUGGACGCCAACGAGUGAGUUCUCGCAUCCAUUGUCCCGUGUGAAGCAACCUGCUGGAUAUCGACUUUCAUAUCAAAUUGUUGACUCAAUGAUUUGGCUCGGGAUAAGGGAUUUGAUAAAUGAUCUUAGAAAGAAAAAGCUGAAGUUACGACCAGUCACAUAUUUGAGUGGUUCCCAAGGCUCUGAUUCUGAUGUGCCUCAUGGAUAUAUAUGGAGUCCUCACCUUGUUCCUAAACCUAAAGAUUGGGGACCGAAGAUUGAUGUGGUAGGCUUUUGCUUUCUUGAUCUUGCAAAAAAUUAUGAGCCUCCAGCAUCACUCGUACAGUGGCUUGCAGCUGGUCCAAAGCCUAUAUAUAUUGGAUUUGGUAGCCUUCCAGUUCAAGAACCAGAAAAAAUGACCCAAAUAAUUGUCGAAGCAUUGGAACAAACUGGACAGAGGGGUAUCAUUAAUAAAGGCUGGGGUGGCCUCGGCAAAUUGGCAGAACCCAAGGACUUUGUUUACUUAUUGGACAACGUCCCUCAUGAUUGGCUAUUUUUGCAAUGCAAGGCUGUGGUUCAUCAUGGUGGUGCUGGAACAACAGCUGCUGGUCUUAAAGCUGCGUGCCCAACAACCAUUGUACCGUUCUUUGGUGAUCAACCUUUCUGGGGUGACCGAGUGCAUGCUAGAGGAGUGGGACCUCCUCCCAUUCAGGUCGAUGAAUUCUCACUUCCCAAGUUGAUUGAUGCAAUAAAAUUUAUGCUAAACCCAAAGGUGAAAGAGAAGGCCAUUGAACUUGCCAAGGCAAUGGAGAACGAGGAUGGGGUGAGCGGCGCGGUAAAAGCAUUUUUUAAGCAUCUUCCUUGCAAUAAGCCAGAACACGAGCCAUCACCGGAGCCACCAUCAAUUCUGUUUUCCAUCAGACGAUGUUUCGGUUGUUCGUGAUUCCGGUAUGUCUGUUUUUUUGUAAAUUUUUUCAUAUAAUGUGUUCUACAGUGUCAUACAUGCCCUCUUUCUCACAUGUCUAUCCAAACAUUAAUGAAUUCACAUUCCUGCUUCUAGAAAUCUAAUUAUGUACAAUUGGAGCUACACUUUAGUGUAAAACAUUAAUUAGCAUUCAUCUGGUAGGUAAAAAAAAUG